AUGGGUAAAGGUUUUUGGAAAUCGGUAAAACCUUUGUUUAAUGAAAAAGCCAAAUAUGGUAAAGAGAGAAUUAUUCUUGUUGACAAAUAUAUUCAAUAUAAUAAUGAUAGUGAUAUUGCAAACAUAUUUAAUGAAUAUUUUAAUAAAAUUACUGACAACCUUAACAUGCCACACAUUCCUCAAGCUCUUUCAUCCAAGUGUGAUGCUGUUCUUGCUGCAGUUGAGAAUCUUUUUUCUUUGGCAGAGAUAAUCCCUUUAUAUAAAAAGGGUAGCUCCACAGACAAGGUAAAUUAUAGACCUGUCAGUUUGUUACCAACUGUUUCCAAAGUUUUUGAGAGCAUUUUAGCCAAACAACUGUUACCAUUCUUCAACACCUUUUUGUCUAAAUAUCUUUGUGGAUUUCGAAAGAGUUACAGCUGUCAGUAUGCUAUUUUAAACAUGCUUCAAAAGUGGCAAGAAUGUCUCUCAAAAUCUGGAAAAGUCGGUGCAGUUUUGAUGGAUUUAUCCAAAGCGUUUGAUUGUCUCCCUUCUGGUCUUUUAAUUGCAAAACUCGAGGCAUAUGGCGUUGGAUAUAAUACAUUAAAGCUUGUACUGAGCUAUCUAUCAAACAGGAAACAUCGAGUGAGGUUAGGUUCCUCGGGUGAUACCUGCAACUUUGCCGACGACAACACCAUUUUUAGUUGUAAGAGUAGCAUUACUGCUGUUCUAGAAAGUUUGCACUCUGACAUAGUCAAAGUGGUAAACUGGUUCAACUCAAAUGGUAUGGUUGCAAAUCCAAGCAAGUUUCAGAUGAUAAUUCUGGGAGCUGAUGUUGGCAAUAUCAGCAUUCAGAUUGGCUCAUCUUCUAUUGCUCCUUCAAAACAAGUUAAGUUACUAGGUAUUACUCUGGAUGAAAAACUUUCAUUUUACCCUCACGUAAAAGGGAUGUGCAAAAGUGCUUCCUCAAAGACAAAAGCACUCCUGAGGAUACGAAAUUUUCUCAAACAAGAUCAAGCAACCCAUGAAAGAGCGUUGUGUGCAAAAACUGGUCUGAUGCAGAAAACCUAUACAGAAAUACUGGAAAUAUCUAGUAUGAUGCCUAUCCAUGAUAGAAAUCUGAAAAGCCUUGUAACUGAAGUUUAUAAGUGUCUUCAUGGAUUGAACCCUGAACUAAUGUGGGAUAUUUUUCGAAAGAAGGAGACUACUUACAGUCUUAGGCGUGGUACUGUACUGGUCAUUCCACCUUCUAAAAGCAGUAUCGGGCAGAAUUCUUUUCAAUUUCGCGCUAGCCUAGCCUGGAAUUACCUACCUGCGUGUGUCAAAAAUGUGACAGAUCUAAAAGAAUUCAAAUCUGUCAUCAGGCACGUUGAAAUAUACUGCCAAUGUAAACUCUGUGCUGCUCAUUCGGGGAUCAAUCGAUGA